AUGCUGCGGCGGGUGGUGGCAGAGGCUGCUGCGCGCGUGAGCGGGGUCAACGUGCAGGAUGCGCUGCGGGCGGUGGCAUAUGCCCGGAUCAAGCCGGUGCCCAAGGGGCCCGCAGGCCCUUCAACUGCCAGCAGCACCAGCACCAGCAGCACCGUGCUCCCUGAUGGGCAGUUUGUCGUCUUGCUGCCACCACUGCAGAAGCAGCAGCGUGGUGGUGUCGGCGAUGUUGGGGUUGCAGCCAGGCUUCAGGCAGCGCUACAAGAGCAAGGCUUCCACGUUCACGUGGGCGAAGGGAAGCACAGGGCACAGAUGUACGUGCACGCAGACUGGGAGACGUACACGCGCGAAGCGCUGACCAUCGCCAACGCGCCUUGGACAUGUGCAUAUCCACACGACGCUGAUGAACCUGACACAACGAGUGACAACAACAACAACAACAACAACGACAGCGCCAACAGCAACAACAGCAGCAGCAGCAGCGCGGCAGGGUCGUUGACACGGACGCCAGCGCCACAUCCAACGGCAAGCACAACGUCAGCAGCAGCAGCAACGUCAGCAGCAGCAGCAGCAGCAGCAGCAGCAGCAGCAGCAGCAGCACAAGCGGAUGCCACCUCUGUGACUCAAGGCUCCAACCUGGACCGAGACCAAGGUGGUGGUGCGCCGGUGGUGGUGGUGGAGUACAGCUCGCCCAACAUUGCCAAGCCAUUCCACGCGGGCCACCUGCGCAGCACCAUCAUCGGCAACGUCCUGGCCAACAUGUAUGCGGCUGCUGGGGCGCGUGUGGUUCGCGCCAACUACCUCGGUGACUGGGGGCGGCAGAUUGGCCUGGUCGCAUUGGGGUUUGAACGCUACGGGUCCCGCGCAAAGCUGGAGACACAUGGCCUGGCACACCUGCUCGACGUGUAUGUGCGAGCGAACGAGGUGGUCGAAGAAGAGGAGCAGGCGGCACGCGCACGUGGGGACAGCGGUGGGAGCGAGCUGCUGGCAGAGGCCAAGCUGUUUGCGCAUCGCCUUGAGCUGGGCGAUGACGCUGCCCUGCGCACGUGGCGCACCUUCACUGCCCAGAGCAUGGUGGCGUGCGACGUGCUGUAUGACCGGCUCGGGGUGCGGUUUGACGAGAUGGACCGCGAGUCCAGCCACGUGGCGCGGGCAAAGGAGGUGGUGAGGCUGCUGGAGGCGCACGACGGUGGUGUGGCGAAUGGCGUGGAUGGUGUUGGUGGUGUUGGUGGUGGUGAUGGUGAUGAUGGUGUUGGUGGUGUUGGUGGUGUUGGUGGUGGUGAUGAUGUGGGUGGGCAUCGAAGUGCGGUGUCAUGUGUGGAUGCAGCGACAGUUCAGACGCACCAGCGGCCACCACGAGUGGAGCGAGAGGACAACGGGGCACUGGUGGCGCAUGUGUUUGGUGCGGACGGCAGCAGCGAGACUGCAUCACACGUGGUCUUGGAGAAGAGUGACGGCACGACCACAUAUAUGUCGCGCGACCUCGGUGCCAUCCUCGACAGACACGAUGCGCUGCGGUUUGACAAGCAUCUGUAUGUGGUUGCGUACGAGCAGGCGCUGCACUUCAAGCAGCUCUUGGUGCUGCUGUCGUCAGUGCCUGGCGGGCAGGGUGUGGCAUCACGUUGCGAGCACAUCUCAUAUGGCCUGGUGACGGGGCUGAGCACACGCAAGGGCAACGUGAUUCUCCUGGAGGAGAUAUUGGACGCAGCGAAGGAACAGAUGUUACAGCGCUUACAACAGGACAGCAGCCGUGUUGCUGGCAGCGGUGAUGAUCCGACGGCGGAGGCGGUGGCAGAUAUGCUGGCGCUGUCGUCGCUGGUGGUGCAGGACCUGCGUUCCAAACGCGUCAAGAACUACCAGUUUUCGUGGCAGCGCAUGCUGGAUGCACACGGUGACACGGGCACAUUCCUGCAGUACACGCACGUGCGGCUUGCGUCAAUACAGCGUGUGAACCCGGUGUCACCAUGCACGGAUGCUGUUGAUGACAUCAGCACGUCGCCCCACAGCCAGGCUGUGCUGCAUCUCCUUGCACAGAAACAGGACAUUCUCGCUGCCGCCGUCCGCGCCAACGAGCCCGCGGUGCUGGUGCAGUAUCUGCUGCAGCUGAGCCGGGCGGUGUCGUCGGCGCUGCCGCACGUGCGCGUGAAGGGCGCACCGGAGAUGGUGGCGAGGGAAAGGAUGGCCCUGUUCACAGCGGCGCGGCACACGCUCGCACAGGGCCUGGAGCUGCUUGGCCUCGCGCCACUCGACCGCAUGUGA